AUGUCGCAUCAUCAGGAAGAGGAUAACAUUGAACUGAAGGGGACUAUUCGACGAUACGACGCAAGAAGCCAGCGGUUGUGGCAGCAAAAACAGUUGUGGCAGAUUGAGUGGCGCUUCACCGGACAGCAAGGCCAAUGGGGGAGAGACGAAGCCAACCACGUCGAGUCAGGGACAACAGAAGACGGGACUGACCGUGACGCGGUCGACGGGCGUAGAGUGAAGAAGAACUUCAGCCUCGACUGCCUGAAAUCAUCCGGAGCUUCUCCUUUGGCCGCGAACGCGGCCAAUGCCACCCGCAGUGCGGCGGGCACGUCGAAAGCCUCGUCGGAGUUCUCCGUAGACCUCAGCGCCAUGAGCGGAUUCAUCCACGAGAUGCGUCUCGGCAGUAUGGGCAUGAGCACGCUCUUCUCUGGCACUGAUUUGCUUCGCGAGAGCGACGAUAAUGAACCGUUCCCGGACGUUCAGGAUAUUCUAAGCGAUAAACGGGUGGAAGCCGACAAGGCGGAGAAGUUCCAGCAGCGGGAGUACAAGCAGCAAGAGCUGGAAAGGAUCCGGAUAGCUCAAGAAGUACAACGAAAACUGGAGGAAAUCGAAGUUGCUCGAGCAGGAAUUGAAGAAAGAGGCGUCGAUGUCGAGAAGGAGCUCAGGAGGUGCGCGGUUGCCGCCGAGAAGGAAGCUUUAUCCCAAGUACUCCUCCAAUUGAUGCGUCAGAAGAACAAACUCAGCCGUCAGGAACAGGAGUUACUGAUUCGAGCCAAGGACCUGCAGUUGGAAAAUCGUCAUGCUGAAUUACAAAAAGAAAUGCGCGAUCGCAUGGCCAUGGAAGAAAUCACCAAGGACGUCGAAGAUGGAAGAGUCAUCCUGCGUGAGAUGCUCGAGAUCCUCGAAAAACGAGACGUGCUGGUGGUGCUCCUCGACCAGCAGGAAUUGAAACAGCAGCGGGAAGAGAGAGAGAUCGAGAAGGUGUUCCAAUCGUCAAUACG